AUGAUUCAGACGUCAGAUGCGGCACAAGCGCUGAAGAAGGGCCGCUUCUGGAUCACUCCGGACCCUUACCACAACGACGACAACAUCCAGAUCGGCCGCGAGGUGAAGAUCUCGUGUCAGGUGGAGGCCACGCCGCCCGAGGAGCUGCAGUUCAGCUGGCUGAAGAACGGCCGGGCGUUACGCAGCUCCGAGCGCAUGGUCAUCACGCAGACCGACCCCGACAUCUCGCCCGGAAACACCAACCUGGACAUCAUCGACCUCAAGUUCACCGACUUCGGAACCUACACCUGUGUAGCAGCGCUCAGAGGAGGAGCCAUCCCCGAGAUCAGCAUCGACGUCAACAUCUCCUCCACCACUGUUCCUCCGAACCUGACCGUGCCGCGGGGCAAGUCUCCGAUGGCGGUGCGGGAGGGCGAGACGGUGGAGCUGGAGUGCCUUGUUUCAGGGAAACCCAAGCCCAUCAUCCUGUGGUCGCGGGCGGAUAAGGAGGCGCCGAUGCCGGAUGGCAGCAUGCAGACGGAGAGCUACGACGGCGUUCUGCGCAUCGUCAACGUGUCGCGCGAGAUGAGCGGAUCCUACCGCUGCCAGACCAGCCAGUACAACGGCUUCAACGUCAAGCCCAGAGAGGCCGUGAUCGAGCUCAUCGUGCGCUAUCCUCCGGCAGUGGAGCCGGUGUGGCAGGAGGUGCGGCAGGGUUUGGGUCGGCAGGUGUCCAUGAACUGCCGUGUUCUGCGUGCUCAUCCAUCCCGUGUGCUACGCUAUGAGUGGAGGCUGGGCUCGCGGCUGCUGCACGCUGGCACCUUCGACUCACGUGAUGACACCGAUUACAUCGUACGCAGCCUGGCGCGCGAGGGCUACGGCGAGUACACCUGCGACGUCAUCAACGAGGUGGGGCCGGGACGCUGCACCUUCCUGUUGACCGGGAAAGCGUAUCCUCCGGAGUUUUAUUAUGACACCUAUAGCCCGCUGUGGCAGAACCGGCCGCGUGUUUAUGGCUAUAAGCUGCAGUGGACGCAGAUGAACCCUAGCGCCGUGGACCGGAUCAUGGCCUACCGCCUCGGGAUCCGACAGACGGGGCAGCAGCGCUGGUGGGAGCAGGAUAUUCCCGUGGAGGGAAACAUCCAGAAAGGAGAGCUGAUCACUCAUAAUCUGACGGAGCUCAUCCGACCCGAGGCAUACGUGGUUCGACUGACGCCCAUCACACGCUUCGGAGAGGGAGACUCCAGCACCAGAGUCGUCACAUACAGCGCUCCCAUCAAUCCUGAUCUGAGAGAGUUUCACUGCAGUUUUGAGGAGGAUCCCGUCUGCAUGUUCACUCAGGACAAGAAUGACGACUUCGACUGGACGAGACACAGCGCAGCCACACGCGACACCAAAUACACGCCCAACACGGGGCCCAGCGGGGACCGCAGCGGCUCCAAACAGGGUUUCUUCAUGUACAUCGAGACGUCCAGACCUCGUAAAGAUGGCGACACGGCGCGUCUCCUGAGCCCCACAUUUAAUGUGGCCCCCAAAAACCCCUACAGCAUCACCAGCCCUCCGGUGUACUGCUUCAGCUUCUACUACCACAUGUACGGCAAACACAUUGGCUCUCUGAAUGCAUUUGUGAAGCAGAAAGGUCAGUCGACUUCAGAUGCCGGUCCAGUCUGGUCUCUUAGCGGGAACCAAGGGGACCGAUGGAGACAAGCCAAAAUUAGCAUCCAUCCUACUGCCUCCUUCCAGGUGAUAUUCGAGGGCAUCCGCGGCCCCGGGAUCGAGGGGGACAUCGCCAUCGAUGAUGUCACGCUCGAGGAGGGGGAGUGUCCUGACCCUCCGUCCAAUCCGAUCAGAGGAGCGGCUGCAUGCAGCGUCUCCAGUAUAUGGCCAUUGAGCGUCACGCUGUUUUUUACCGUAAUCAUCGGUCAGAGGUGACGCUCCACGUGAGAAAAGACUCCAGACGCGUCCCUCAAUAUUUAACCACCAAAGAUUCAUGCUUUCGGAUCGCAGAGGAGGCACAACAACAGAUCCACGCGGAAUGAAACGACCACAAACGGAAAAGUAAUAACUAAUGCUUAAAAUAAUAAAUAAAUUAACGUUCUCUGCCGAGAUGCUCCAAUGUCUGGAAUCAACCGAGGAUUUGAACGUUGACGUCAAAAGCACAACGAAUACUUCGCAAUCUGGAUUUACCUGAAAGACAAGCGAAGGCAGUUUCGUGAACGAACAUUGAGUUUUACACACCAUUCCCCUUCCUUUCUUUUCUGGUGCUUUGGAGUAACAUCUCAUCCUCUGGUUGCUCUUCUCUUGAUUUGUUCUGGGUUUGGUUCGGAUCGGUGCUUUAAAACGCAAAUAAAACAGAACCUCGUUUCGCUUUAUUCCCCGACUCCAGUAGCAGGCUGAUUUCUCAACACUGUGCUCACGUUCUCAAGCGGAGAACUUUGCGUUUUUUGGCAUCCGUGACGGUGAAAAACUCGGUUUGUCGUCGUUCCCGGCACCGGCUGAGUGACAGAGUUUCUGCCAUU